UACUUAUACGACCCUGGUCAAUCAACACUUCAUUUUGCCUUAAAAUGCCUCGAACUUCAUCAAAAAAAGUAGAGAAUAAUAAAGAAAUAAAAAAUAAUUCUAGAGAUGAGGAUGAAAAUUCUGCAAACGCUGCCAAUGGUUCGAUUUCAGACGAAGAAACUGAAUCUUCCAAGGGAUCAGAAAUCACUCGUUGCGUUUGCGGAAUUGAGGACAAUGAUGAUGAAUCUAGUGAUGGAGGCUUAUAUAUUCAAUGUGAUCAAUGUUCUGUCUGGCAGCAUGGUCACUGCGUUGGAUUUCAAGAAGAAUCUGAUGUUCCUGAUGUUUAUUUUUGUGAAGUAUGCCGGCCAGAACUUCACAAGCUUUAUCAACGUGGAAGAGGGCCCAAACAGUCUAAAUAUCUUGGUCUUGUUGGUGAACGGAAGCCUCAGCAAUCGGAACUUUCAGAUGCUUCUCCUCCCUCACCAAUUGCUAGAAGACAGAUACCAAAACAACGCCUUACGAUGAACUCUCGAGAUGCUGCUUUAGAUUACGAAGAAUAUUUAAUUAUUGCAAAGGAGCAGUCUCUCCUAAAUAAAAAGUCUAGAGGGACAUCCAAGUCGGCUUCACCUGUUCAGGCAUCAAUUUUUGAAGAAGAAUCAUCGUCAGUCAAGGCAGCACCAGAGGAGCAAGGAAUUGCUUUAGAAGAAGACCUAAGGCAUGUCCAAGAAGAAAAAGAAGAAGAUCCAGAAGACCAAGAGGAAAUUCUUGAUGGCGAUCGACAGAAACAAGAACCACCGAAGAUAUCCAAAGACGAAUCCAUUCCCACUAAUACCACUUCUGCUGUAGAAACAGCCGAGGACGAGGAGAAUGUGGAAAUUGAGCCGGUGAAAGAAGAACCAGAGUCGACUCUACCUUCUCCUGCUAGUGUUCAGUCUAUACAAACAACUUCCAGUACAGGGCGGGGAGGAAGUGGACGGAAAUCCAAACGCGAAAUGCCUGUGGAUCCCGAAAAAGGAAACUUGUCUCCAUCUACAACAGGUCAACGAGGUCCAAAAAACAGGAAAACAGGAACUAGAAGAGGAAAGGGAUCUGCAGUUUCAGCCAACGGCCAUCGCUUUACUUCCAACCAUGCAGAAGGAGAAGUGGCAACGGAGGCAAGCACAAAACAUAAGGGAUUGCAUCCAAGAAUUACUAUUACUGAAAUGCGGAGGCGUGUUGCAACCAUGUUAGAAUAUAUUGGACAUAUCCAGGUAGAGAUGGCAUCCCAAUCGGCGAAUGCCGUUGCACUAUCGCAAAUGACGAAAGAAAUUUCUGAAGACGAGAAAGAAACGCUUCGUCAGGUGGAUAAUCUGACACGGGAACUAUUACAUUGGGAACAAAGGUUUGGUAAGACCUAAAUUUUUAAAGCAAUAAGGAGCCUCUUGGCUUGUAUCCUUAUAUUUGAAUUUUGUUGAAACGAUCUAUAUUUUACGAUGGAUUUCGGGUUUUUGGUAAUUUUGUCUUAAUUUAAUACUCGUGAAAAUAUAAUUGCAACAACAUCUGUUAAUAUAUUCGUUUACUUAUUUGUAUAUGUUAUGGAUGGGUACAUAUGUAGA